UAAUUCUAAUUAUUAUGUUAUAUAUUGACUCCAUUUGUUCCGCUUGGAUGUGUAUGGAAUACAAAUAACAUCAUAUUACCCUAGUAGUGGAAGUAUCGAACGAUGUGUUAUUAUUUCUAUACACACUAUCGCACAUUAAAUAUGUUUUAGGGAACGAAAUUGUAUAAUUAUUCGAAAUGAAUUGUAUGUAUGUCGCUUCUUUCGAGUCUCAUCGGUGAUGCAUACAAUGUGGAAGCAAAGUACCGUUGGAAAAGCCGUACGCUAUAAUAUACUGCAUAGGGAAUCUAUACGAUCGGAUAUAUGUGAUAAUGUUACGUCUUUUUCGAGAAAAGAUGGAUUUACUUCCAUAUGGCAAGGUGAUAUUGAUGAUUCGUGCAGGAGAUUGUCAGCUUCAAGGAUAGAUUCCUUGCGCCAGAACAUCGGGGCACAAGAUAUACGCCUUAAAAAUAGAUGUAUUCAUGUCCGAAAAUUUGUUUCACUACGCACAGCCGAGAAUACCGAUGUACAACCGAAUAAGUCCAAUGAGGAUCAUACAUCUGGAUCCACAUCUACGUCUGUUACUGAGAAGGAUACAGAUACAAAUAUUGUAGUUAGGCAACCCAUACCGAGGAACUUUAUUAAGGAAACGUACUUGCCUCAUCUGGAGCACAAUGUGGCAUACAACGCCCACAAGUUCCCACCUUCUGUGGUUCUCCAAAUUGCAAUCGCAUAUUCAAAAUUGCCCGCAUUUAUCAGACAGCGUGCUAUCGAGGAUUCAUUGAUAGAGACAUUUAUUGAUCGCAUGGUGGAUUACACUGCCUCGGACUGCGUUCAGCUAUUGAAUACUUGCCUUCAACUUCAGGGGUUACGCAAUUUAAAGGUAUAUAAAGAGACACUUAAACGUCUACAGGAUAAACAUGUGUUUGGUUCUAUAACUGUGCUAAAUCGUUUGGGUCUUGUGAGAAACAUAUCACGAAUACUGCAAAGAGCUCAAGUACUUCAAGGUGAAUCUCAUCAAGCACCACUUGAUGUUGAAUUAUUGGACUUGAAGAAGUACCGGGCUUCUAUACUAAAACCGUGGACUAUAGUUACAUCUGGCAUACGAUGCAAUGGUCUGAAGAAGCUGUGUGAUGAUUUGGUGAAUUUCGGUGGGGAUUCAAUAUUGCCACAAUUGGAAUUCGAGCUUCAGAGUUUCGAUUCAAAUGAAGUCUCUGAUCUGGUGGGUGUCUUUGCGGAACGUGCAGAAAGGGAUUCCGCCAAGCUCGAUUUCCCAGUAAUCGCAAUUUUGAUGCACCGAAUAAUGGAACUGCAUGACCAAACCCCUAUGUCUAACAAGUUGGCAAAUGUCUGUAGCCUAUGCCGCCUUGGGGUAGUUCACGACAAAUACCUCAAUAUGGUCUCAGAGGAGUUGAGAAACCCGCUGCUUGUGAACAACAUCUUCCAUCGUCAUUUGGCUAGAUCUAUAUGGGCAUUUUCCAGAUUUGGUAUGUUGGGCAAGGUACUUGAGUCACUUUUACCACAUUUAGAGCGCAACACUCCCUUCUUUGAGCCCAGCAGUAUGGCGAGACUAGCCCAACUACAUAAAAGUGAGAGUGAGUGUAACGAAUUGCCGAUGGAACAUUUAGACAGGUUGCGUAAUGUUAUGGUACGCAGUGCCAUUGGGAUGUUAACCAAGAUUGAGAAAUUCACUCCAAAGGAGCUUAUAUUCUACUACACAGGCAUUUGUUACAUGGGCAUGUUGCCUGAACCUUCGGAUUACACUUCAUUUUUAUCAUCCAAGGAUAGUGGUGUAUUGCGAUAUGUGGAAUCAUCACCCCAACCCUACGAUUCAGUGCUCCAGAGCAAGGGAAUAACUCGGAUUCAUAUUCUAGAGAGACUUCUUGGUGCUUUGAAGAGUCUAGAAGAAGAUUUUGAUCUUGCCGAAAUCCAACGGAUAAUAUCACUGUCCAAAUCAAUCAGCAAAUCACCAUUUGUUCUCGACCAUUUGCCUGAAUCAUGGUCGAAGGUCGUUAAAGAGUAUGAAGAUGUUGAAUUUUAAUAUUUUAGAUUACUUUUGUAGUAAUAUAUACAUGGGGUGUAGUCAAUAA